AAGCGGUGCUGCUGCUCCGCCGCGCUGCGCACAGACGUUAGGAUAAUAAUAACAUGAGGGCUGCCUGCAGCCGGUCCUCCGGGGGACUCGCUCGCCCGCUGCAGCAGAGAGAAGGCUGAAAAAGACGAACCUGGGUGCAGCCGGACAGGUCCAGAUAGAUGAGUUUGUGGCAUCCGUUCCCUAAACUCAGGACACCUCCACUGGGCUCAUCCGGUUCUCACUGUCCCUGAACCAUAUUAGUUAAGACUGCCCAAACUCGGGAUUUCAAAAGACUACUACUGAUCCCUCUGUCACAGCAAGGAAUUGGAGUCAGCUGGUGGACAGGAUGCGCGUAGUUGCCAUGGUACUCCUGCUCUGCCUUUGCAAAACUGCCGCACUGCGCAAGGCAAGCUCCCCCGGAGGCGGAGGUGGUGCAAGAAGCCGGGGGGCUCCUGGCCGGGCAGCUGGCGGCCGGCGUGCCUCCAGCCUGGUGAGACGCUAUGCGCCAGGCCUCUCUUGCGAUGUGUACACGUACCUCCAUGAGAAAUACCUGGAUUGUCAAGAAAGGAAGCUGGCCUAUGUGUUACCUGGCUGGCCUCAGGAUUUGCUGCAUAUGCUGUUGGCGAGAAACAAGAUCCGGAUACUGAAGAACAACAUGUUUUCCAAGUUCAAAAGGCUGAAAAGCCUGGAUCUGCAGCAGAACGAGAUCUCCAAGAUCGAGAGCGAGGCGUUCUUCGGCUUAAACAAGCUCACCACCCUCUUACUGCAGCACAACCAGAUCAAGGUCCUGACCGAGGAGGUGUUCAUCUACACGCCGCUCCUCAGCUACCUGCGUCUUUACGACAACCCCUGGCAGUGCACUUGCGAGCUGGAGACGCUUAUCGCCAUGUUACAGGUUCCCAAGAACAGGAACCUCGGGAACUAUGCCAGGUGCGAGAGCCCCCAAGAGCUGAAAAACAAGAAACUGCUGCAGAUAAGAUCUGAACAGUUAUGCGAUGAAGAAGAGAAGGAACAGCUGGAGCCCAAAUCCCAAGUCUCGGGGAGGCCACUCGUCACCAAGCCCGAGGUGGACUCGACUCUGUGUCACAAUUACGUGUUUCCCAUACAAACGCUCGACUGCAAAAGGAAAGAGCUGAAGAAAGUUCCAAGCAACAUCCCACCUGACAUCAUUAAGCUUGACCUGUCAUACAACAAAAUCAAACAGCUUCGACCCAAGGAAUUUGAAGAUGUACAUGAGCUCAAGAAAUUAAACCUCAGCAGCAACGGCAUUGAAUUCAUAGAUCCUGCUGCGUUUUUAGGGCUCACACAUUUAGAAGAGUUGGAUUUGUCUAACAACAACCUGCAAAACUUCGAUUACGGAGUGUUAGAAGACUUGUAUUUUUUGAAACUCUUGUGGCUCGGAGACAACCCUUGGAGAUGUGACUACAACAUCCACUACCUCUACUACUGGUUGAAGCACCACUACAAUGUCCAUUACAAUGGCUUGGAAUGCAAAACGCCUGAAGAAUACAAAGGGUGGUCUGUGGGGAAAUAUGUUCGGAGUUAUUACGAGGAAUGCCCCAAAGACAAGUUACCAACCUAUCCUGAGACCUUUGACCAAGACACAGAAGAUGACGAGUGGGAGAAAAUACACAAGGAUCACACAACCAAGAAGCACAGUGUGAGGAUCACUAUAGUGGGAUGAUGAAGCAGUUGUUCUGCUGAGAACAGUUGGGUAUUUGCUAUGUUGGAGUUAGAGAACCAUGUUUACAUGUUGAUGAACUGUGUUGGCCAAUUUGUGCAGGGUUACCUGGCCAAUGGAAGCUUUUUUUUUCAGUCUAAUGCCCAUGAUUUGUUAUCCGGGCAAAGGUGGAGAUCAGGGGGUGGCUUCCAUUUCUGCUGGCCCGCCCCUUCAAGAAGGGCCUCGUGUGAUCCAGGAUUCCACAUUGGGAGCUUACAGGAGCCAGGUCCUAAGGAUGGCAU